UACAAAGCACAUUCACUAUUACCUUUCAACUCUUCAAAACCUACAAUUUUCAAACUUAUCUAAUAACAAAACAAUCACUUAUUUUUCUUCCUUACAAAUGGAGCCUGGACAAACCGUGCAUCGUAACACCGUUGAACUAGAAACAAUUCGAGCAAACAGCGUGUAUGAAGACAACAAUCAAGGUCAAAAACGCGCUGACAAGGGGGAAAACGACGACUUAGACUACACGAAACGAGCUCAGUGGCUACGUGCUGCGGUCCUAGGGGCUAAUGAUGGGCUUAUUACUACAGCCUCUCUAAUGAUGGGUGUAGGUGCAGUGAAGCAAGAUGUUAAGGCCAUGAUACUCACUGGUUUCGCCGGCCUUGUUGCCGCUGCUUGCAGCAUGGCCAUCGGAGAGUACGUGUCGGUCUACUCGCAAGUAGACAUCGAGCUAGCUCAAAGGAAAAGAGAGAAGAAGGAGAAGGAUGAGGAGGAGGAGGAGAGCUUGCCAAGCCCUAUACAAGCGGCGUUUGCUUCUGCCCUAGCCGUUGCUGUGGGGGCCGUGGUGCCGCUUCUGGCGGCAUUGAGUGUAAAGAAUCAUAAGGUGAGGCUCGGGGUUGUGCCGGCGGCUGUUACGGUGGCUUUGGUGGUAUUUGGGUGGUUAGGGGCGUAUCUAGGAAAAGCUCCUAUUUUAAGGGCUUCUUUGAGGGUUUUGUUGGGUGGUUGGUUUGCAAUGGGUAUUACCUUUGGCCUAACUAAGUUGAUUGGGUCCCAUGGGCUGUAACUUAAUUACUACGAACCCCUAGCAUCGCGAGUUCUUCAAUAAAAGUAGCCGUCGUAAGACCUUCAGAAGGGGGCAUUGCGUAUCCAAAAGAGUCGGACUUUGUUUCAAGCAGCAAUAUUUGAAAAGAAAGAUACUUAUUGUCGAUUUAAUGUGGGAUAGUCCUUAUUUUUUGGUCUAGAUAUUGUCUAAAUGUAUUUUUUUAUGGGAAAAUCCCUGUUUCUCAUGGUAAGAAACGAAAUUUGUUUCUCAUAGUGAUAUUUUCGUGAAUAAAUCAACAACUUUUUCAUUAUUGUGGGCUCCACAAUUGAAUAAAGUUGUUGAUUUAUUUACAAAUAUGCCAUGUGAGAAGAAACAACUUUGUUUCUCACCAUGACAAAAUAGGGCACCCUCUUUUUUUACCAAAUUGUCGCAUACGGUCUUUGUUUUAAAAAAAAAAAAAAUUUUAAAUUGUCGAAAGAGAAUUAUUUCUUUAUGAAUGUUUUUAAUACCAUAUAGAUAACAAUGUUGUGAUAGUAUGUAUUAUUUCUUUAUGGAUGUUUUCACUGAUGUAUUAAGGUAAUCUAUGGUCAAAACUAAAUCACAAAUAAUGAAAACGACAUUUAGCUUGGAAAUGCAUGCAUAAAUUUGAUUCAUCUUUAGUCCUAUAUAUAUUACUCCAUCGUCCAAAGCUUAUGGUUGGGGGUGACCCAAUUGUAUAGGCCCAUUCUUUUGGUUAAGUAUUUAUGUGUGUUCUAAAUUUUUCUAAACACAUCUUGCAUGGUUAGUACAACUCAUCAUUUUCCCGUCAAAAAAAAGUAUAACUCAUCGUUUCUCUAGAUUUUUCUAUUAACUUGUAUGAUGUAAGCCAUUUAAAUGAUUUAGAGAACUUUUGAAAUUCAAAGCAACUAAAAAAUACUUGUAUGAUUUGUGAUAGAAUAUUAUGACUGGAAUUAAAGAAUGAUGAAGAGAACUCUAUAAAAUUCUAGCCAUUUCUUUCAACCUUCAUUUUUUAUAAAAGCCCCAAGCACCAAGACUGUAGCAAUUUUACUGUUCCUUAUGAACAGGAAAUUGACGGUUUUGCCGUUCCUGCCCCUUAGCACCCUUCUCUGGUUGACCAAGUUGACCGGGCUAUUUCGGUCUUUUUGCUUUGACAUUGCAUGUGGUCUCAGUGGGCUGACGCGUGGCAAUUCCUCUUUCUUUCGGCUGUGUCAAUGACGGAAUUUCAAGGAGUUGGUGGUGGUGUAGUUGCGCGAUUUCGAAGAGUUAAUGGUGGUGUUGUUGCGCGAAUUUGCGGAGCUGAUGGUGGUGUAUAUGCCCAAUUUGAAGGACCUGGUGGUGGUAUUUGUUUGGAUCUGGUUGUUUUGUGCUAUAAGG